GAUGCCAUCUGCUCCAUGUUAUUACAGGCGGCACACAUUUUUACCCAGAAUUCCGGCUCCUACAUAUAAUAUAUAGCAUGUAUUCACUCUAAACGGGGGCAGUUUUUUUUUUGUUUUCUCCCACAAAAUAUCCACUUUUUAUUUUUAACAUAACGGUGUUCGGUUGCCCGGUGACGUCAGCGUCCCGGCCAAACAGUCCCCCCCUUUUUUCUUUCUCGUUGGGGGCUUUUCACCCUCAGUCCGCUGCUGCAGACGCCGCUCAAACCCUCCGUGCGGAUGGCUCGACGUAGCGGGACAGAAGCGGUCGCCUCCGGACGACGUCUCGAGGAGCUGCUGAAAGAGACCCGACGAUGAAAACGUGGAGUCCGGAGCGGAAACGGCCGAAUCUGACUGCAGCAGGAUGUCGUCAUCUGGCAUUCAGUUCGUGACCAGUCGGGUCAGGCAGCAGCAGCAGCAGCAUCAGGUCCUGCUAAUGAACUUACAUCUGCUGGCCAACCCUGGAGAUUCACUGCUGUUGCAGCACACUCUGGAUCGCCUCCUGCGCUGGCUCUGCCCAAGUCUCCGCAUCUUCCAUGUGUCAGAGAGGGCCUCCCCAUUCAGAAGCCUCUGUUCCGUGGCAGGCUACCCUUCUCUGGCCAUCACCUUCUUCCUCCAUGAGGCCUAUGGAGAGGAGCGAAUCCUCAAAGUGCUGGACUUCUUUCAGCGUCCACCCUGGCAGUACCACCACACGGAGACCUGCGGCAGCCAAACAGGAGGAGUCUACAUUACAUCCAGCAGCUCCCCCGCCAAUGCCAUGUUGCGGCCCUACCUCCUGCCCAGCAGAGAUUUCUAUAGUUUGGGUACAGGCAUGCCUGUGUGGGGGGUUCGACCAGUCCACUGUGGAGGGGAAAUACUACGUGUGACACUGUACAGUGGAUAUGACAACUACGAGGAUGCUGUGCGGCUCUAUGAGACGGUGCUGCAGCGACAGGCAGAGGAGCAGAAGACGGGCUUCUGCUGGUUCACUCUCCACACGGAGCCCGGGCUGUGCCUGCAGCUGGCUUUAAAACAGUUGCCACCAGGGUCUCUGGUGGAGCCAUGCAGCUCUGCUGUGCUGCAGUUUAUUGUGGAAGAAAUUGGCCAGCUAGUCCCUCUGUUGCCCAACCCCUGUACCCCCAUAAGCACCACACGCUGGCAGACAGAAGACCUGGAUGGCAACAAGAUUCUCUUCCAGGUGAAAACCCCGGCUCAACCUCAACGACCUCUGACCUGUGCUUUCCCCUUGACCUGCCCCAGCGUGUCCCCUCGAGGAAUGCAGCUCCGGAGCUCGGGACAGGGCCACAGCCUGUCACCCUGCAGCCUCACGACUCCCCUGCCCUGGCAAACACACAAGCAAGGCCACAGGCCACGCAGUGACUCUGUCCUUGAGAAGCUUCAUGGAGGAGGUGGUGUAGCAGAGAGCCAGGGAUCAGGAAGCUGCUGUAGCACCCCUCCAGGUAGCUCCUGUUACUCAUCACAGCGCAGCAGCCCUGCACUGCCCUCAACUACCACCCGCCCUGAAUCUCCUCUGCACCCCUCCAUCACUCGUUCUCUCUCCCAUCUCCUUCUGGAAGAGGAGGAGCCAGAAACCAAUGUAGACACAGGAGUCCCUGUCCCACUGCACUCUGACACGGCAGUCAAAAUGAUUGCUCGCUCUUCCUCCAUGGAUCUUUUGAUGACUCUCCAUUCUGAGAGACCUGCAGCUGUUGAGGGUCUGGCCAAGGAGCUGAUUGAAUGUCUGCCACAGAAACACAUGCACCCUCAGGUCGCCUCCAGGACGUGGGGCUCAUCUGGAUGUACAGAUGGAGCCAGGAAGGCCUGUGGCAGCAGGACCGUGGCAGCAGGACAAAGUCCCUCCAAAGGGCCAUUUGUGGAAACCAGGACUACAGCUGAGCUGCCGUCAGCACGCACAAACAACGAGGAGCCAGUCGAUGAGUUCUUCAUCUAACUUCCUGCUACUACGCCACAUGCUGUGGUAACAAUCACAGUGCAAUUAAAAACAUAUCACAUGGAGGACUGCAGCAGAGCUUGGACAAGAUGAUAAACCUGUUAAAUAAGCAGUUAUGCAGGAGGACACCGCUGUGUAGUCUGGCUAAAGAGAAGUCCUCUGGAAUACAGAAGAAGGCAAAGUUGAGCUGCAGGUGACACUUUCCACUCAGAAAUGACUAAAGUCUUUAAAUGGUUGGACUUGUCACAUAAGUUUCUACAAUAUACAGUACAAUUGUUGAAACAACGGAGCUGCCAAGAGAGCGGUACAAAGUGAAUUAUAUGUUGAAACAGUGCAGGUAAUAAUAUUCUUGAAUGUUUAAAUUACUUUUAUAUUUAGAUCCAACUAAUUAUUUGUGCAGCUAUUGUGCUAAAAUGUAGCCCUGCGAAAAGCACAACCCGAAGGACAAGUGUUAAUGUCAGGGUACUAAUUCCAGAUUAGGUUUCUGUCACAUUACUCAAUUUGACAAGCUCAUGUUUUAUUGUUGGAUGGCCUUUGAAACAGAUGACGAUCUCAGCGUGAAGGCGCUCUUUAAUGUCGCUGAAAUCUGAUUUAGUCUGAUUGCUCUCCACAGUGCAGCACUGUCAGUCUGUCACAGGCUUGACAUAGUGAAGCUAUAGCCUGGUGGCUUUUGAUUACAUUUGUUUAAAUGCACUUCAAAUCAUCUUUACUCUUUAUGCGCGUGUUAAAAUGUACUAAACCUAGGCCAAAUUACUGUCCUCAGAUAGCCUAUAGUUAGCAGGAUUUUCUAAAUAACUACUUAAAGAAAACAUUUAGACGUUUCAAAAAAAUCUUGUAAUAUAUGUUAGUUUUUUUAGUUAUAAGAAUUGAACCAUUAGUAUGUAAGGUGUCUUAAACAGCCCAAAUGUGUCCUUGGAACUAAGGAAUGUUAAUUACUGUAAGGCUAUAAGCUGAGGGAUCAGCAGACAGAUACAUUUAAGUUCAAACAUGUGUUGAACUGAUCAGUUACAACAUAUGGUAGUCAAACCCACAACAGUUUUGCACAGUGCUCAUGAUCAUUGUAGUGAUUAUAUCCAUGGACCUUCUUAAUGUAACCAACCCCCCCUCACAGAUAAACCUGAAUCUGGCAUUCACUCGUGCAUUAUAGCCAGUGCUUAAUCAAAUGCUUUUGAUUUAAGGUUACACAGUUUGAGCUGCUCACUGGUCAACAGGAGGCUGCGGGUGUGCAGGGCAGUUGUUAAUUUUUCUAAAGGUUUACCGUGAAUGAAAGUAAGAAGGCAAGCAUGUUCAGUCAGGAGCUGUGAGUGUCCUUCGUGUGUACAAUGUUGAAGGCUUAGUAUUAAAAGAUAAAUGAAUAAGCCAUAUUUUUGCUGUGGUCAGAUUAUGAAGGUUUGCUGUGUGUUCGGACAUGUUUCCACACAACUACACGUGUUAAGCUUCAAUACUAAUGUAAUGCCGGUGUCAAAAUGAAUUUUAGCAUGCUCUACUGUGAGCCGAGUAAUCAAUGAUCUCCAUUAGUCUGACAGACAACUGCUCUGCCUGCGGUGAUGGAAAAACACCAUGCAAAGUGAAUACUCUGAUCGGAUGAAAAGGUCAGAAGUGAACAAAUGUAUUACCGCAGUUUUGUGAAACUGUUGUGGCGUUUGGCCUUCAGUCACAAACUACACAGAAUUAUAUUUUGGUUUGACUUUGAAAACGUUCACGGUUACAGUUAAAUUGUUGUUCGACUGUGUUAGAAUGCUGUCAGACAGCUGUCAGCUUUGUGAUAACGUCCACCGCUCCUCUGCCGUCAUGAUACACUUCAUGAUGUACUCGUCACAAUGUUACAACUUUUGGACCAACACAUCUGCCUGCUUCGACAGAUGUGACUCAGAAAUAUGACCUCAUAAUGCUGAGCACCCUGAAAAACUCAGGUAAGGCACUUGCUGUUGGGAGUCAGCGAUACAGAUUUAGGCCUUCUACUAUAGAAAGCAAUGAGUGGGAAACACAACCACUGGCUUAAGUAAGCGACUAGUCAUUUAUGUCUACAAUAUGUUGCAGAAGAGAUGACGCACAUUUUUUGGUUUCCUUGUCAUUGAGCAAAAACGGCAAGAGAAAUAAAGAUGGUUUU